GAAUUGAUGGCCAUAUCAGGCCCGAUAGACCGAUGAGCGAAUCGAAUGCGCACAACGCACCGCAGGGCGCAGGCAGGCAGGUAGGCAGGCAAACAUCGAAGGAGAAAGGCGAGAGGUUCGUUGAAAACUCCGUUAGCAAUCACAUCUCCAGGAGGAAAGACCGAUUUCGUUCUCCACCAAUUUACGGACUGUGAUUUGGUUUAAUCGAUCGAGCGAUGGGCGGAGGGCACGGCGAUGGCAUCACUUACAAGGGCUUGACUAUGCACCAGCCGAAGCGGUGGCACACGGUCACCGGAAAGGGCCUCUGCGCCGUCAUGUGGUUUUGGGUUCUGUACAGGGCUAAGCAGGAUGGUCCUGUGGUGUUGGGCUGGAGACAUCCAUGGGAUGGCCACAGUGAUGAUCAUGGCCAUGGACACUAUGUAUGCAUCCGAAUAGCCAAAGAAGUGUGGAGUUCUUCAGUGGUGGUAUCAAACUGUGUACCUAAAAUUGAGACUCGGAACAGGUUCCCUUCGUGCAAUAAAAAAUGCUGUUGAAAACAGAUUGUUCUGGUUCCUAAUUUCGUGAACAUAAUGCUGCAUUUUAAAAUGCUAACUAGCUCUUGAAUGUCCGGUCAUCAGCUGUGUUUGCAAAAGUUUUAUUAUUACCAUGACAAGUUCGUUCUUUUAUGUCCAUCGAGACCUGAAUUCAUAGUUGUGUUUUUUUCUUUCUUCUGCUGUUGUCUAUGUUUUUGUAGUUUGUUAUAUAGGUUUGCUAUAU